GGCGGGGUCCCGGGGUCCCUGAAAGGCUCGGACCCGGCGGGACCCACCCAGUCCGGCGCUCCUGUCUGCUCCCGCCCAGCCGCCCGCCCCGGACCCGCCGCCGCCAUGCCCAAGUGCCCCAAGUGCGCCAAGGAGGUGUACUUCGCUGAGCGGGUGACCUCCCUGGGGAAGGACUGGCACCGGCCUUGCCUGAAGUGUGAGAAAUGUGGAAAGACGCUGACCUCAGGGAGCCACGCCGAGCAUGAAGGCAAGCCCUAUUGCAACCACCCCUGCUAUGCGGCCAUGUUCGGGCCCAAAGGCUUUGGGCGGGGUGGAGCUGAGAGUCACACUUUCAAGUAAACCAGG